AUGGAUGAUGCUAGAAGUUUCAGAAUCCUAGUUGGAGGAUUGAUUUACCUAACCCACACUCGCCCCGAUAUUGUAUUCUCUGUUGGUGUCAUUUCCAGGUUCAUGCAACAAUCUUCAAAGGUUCAUUUUGGAGCAGCAAAAAGGGUUCUGCGUUAUAUCGCUGGAACUAUGGAUUAUGGUAUUUGGUAUUCACAAGUUUCUAAUUUUAGAUUAUGUGGGUUCACUGAUAGUGACUAUGUGGGUUCGUUGGAUGAUAGACAGAGCAUUUCAGCUCAUGUUUCCACUCUAGGUUCAGGUGUGGUGACUUGGAGUUCAAAGAAGCAAGCUACAACAACGUUGUCAACCUUAGAAGCUGAGUACUUCGCAGCAACUUCAGCAACUUAUCAAGCCAUCUGGCUUAGAAGGAUGUUAGCAGAACUUCUAUAA